GCUGCAUUUCUUUGAGAAGAUGAGCUGUGUUCCUCCUGUGAGGGGGAUUCUGAAUGACAAAGUGGGCUGCAGUGAGGAUGUGAACACGAGCUCUGUGACAGAGGAGGUCUUCAUCUCACAUCAGGACCACAAGGAGCCCGUAUCAUUUUUACCUCCUCUUCCCCCUCUUCAUGCACCUUUACCUUCAGCAGUCUCUCCUCCUUCAGAUCAGGCCUACCUGCAGGCAGCAGAUGUUUUCCAGCAGCUGCGUACAGAGAAGCAGACCGCACAACAACUUCUGCAUUAUGGGAAGAAGACAGACGCGCCACUACCAGAGAGUGGCGACAAAGCCACCCAGAGACAGGCCUACCAACUCGCCUUCAACACACUUAAAUACCAAGAUUUACUGGAGGACAUCAUCACUGACAGCUGCUUCCACACUUCUCAGCACAUUUCCAGCGACCUGUUGCCAUUGGCGAUGGUGAUGCUGUUUGACUUCCAGGACCGAAGGUUUCUGUUGCAUGAACAUUCAAAAAAGGAAGGGGAGGAGCCUGCACAGGAAGUCAGGAAUCUGGAGAGCAGUCUGCAGAGGUGUAAGACCAAGCUGGCAGCAUCUCUAGCUCGGUACAGAGUAAAACAGAAUCUGCAAAGCGUCUCCCGUUUUCUGUCUGAUCCUGUCAGGACCAAACAGAACAGAGCAAAAUGCCUGCCACUUUACGCCUGGGUCAAUACUCACAAGACAAGUGUUGAGGAAGUGUGUGAAGCGUUAAAAAGCGCUGGCUUGUGUGAAGUGAAGAUCAUCGCUGACGUCAAGGAGGCAACGUUCUGCAGAGACCCUCUCUGUCCAGACACACUUGUCUUCUCCCAACAGCUUCAUGCUGUGCUGCAGCACAGCAGCCUCAUAACUACACAUGCACUAAACACACAGGACAGGAGUGUGUGCGUGGCAGUGAGCACAUUACGCCCCCUGCUGUUUGAUAAUGGAGAUGUCCUGGUGGCGGGGUCCUUCUCAGCUAUGACUGUGGCUCACAUCGCUGUGGCGGCCUCUGCCCGCUCUGUCCGAGUGUUGGUGUGUGGAGCUGAUCACACUCCCUCACACAUAGAGGACAUACAAGAACUACUCACACAAAUGGACCUCAAAAAUGUGCGAGUACUCUCAGAAGCCUUUCUUGGUCUGGAUGAGUGGGACGCUGCUGUCCAGCGUUUAAAGGUCAUCAUAGUACUGCCUCAGUGUUCGUCCUCUGCACUCAAUGACCCCGUGCCUACCAUCCACAGUGAACAUGGAGACUGGGAUCUACUGCCAGACUUGUGUCGAAGUUAUGUAUCCCACAGCAAAAUACACACAAUAACCGCCCAGCAGGCACGACUACUAGCACAUGCUCUCUCAUUCCCAAAGGUCCAGACGGUGGUCUACUGCACGCGCUCAGUGUAUCCUGAGGAAAAUGAACAGCUGGUGAAGAGAGUGUUAGAGAAAACACAUACUCCUCCCAAACUGCUGCCCUUCAGGGUGAACGGUCCGAUUUUCCCUGAUCACUCCCCGCCAGGAGACACGAUCGACUCCAAGUUCUUCAGGCUUGAAACAUCUCAGUACACCAACGGCUGCUUCAUUGCACGGCUGUCCCGACAGGCGGAUCCCACUAAGGUAGAAACAGUCCAUGACGUGCUGGCAAGGGCAGCAGCAAAGGGCCUCCUGGGUGGAAUAAUUCCUGAACAAUCAAAAACCAGCAAAAAGGGGAAAAGCAGGAAGAAUCGCGUCCCAUCAGCCAGCAGCAAACCUUCAUCCCCCUCGAGUCAAGAGAGGCAGGCAGGAAGGGAGCACGUGAAUGGAGAAGAUCCACCUUUAGGAGAUAAUGAGAAGAAGGGUGAAUGUGGUGAGGACGGAGAGGGGGAAAAGGAGGAUAAAAAGGAUGAAGAUAAGGGAGGAAAGAAUGGGGGAGGGAUUAAGGGAAACAAGCGAAAGGUAAAACGACGACCAAAACAAACCAACAGAACUGCCACAGUCUCAAAGCAUCACUCUAAGAGACACAAGAAGAAGAGAAAAGUCAGCCAAUCACAUUACAAGAGGCGCAUUACAAAAAAUAAACAGAGAAGAAUACCUCGUCUUACACUGACGUUAAUAUCCUCUGCUAAACCCUCCCACCACUUGUCUCCGAUCACUGCCCUCGCACACAAGCUAAGUAACAAUGUAACGAUUAAAUCACAGCAGACUGCCUCAAGCACCUCUUCUCCCGCCCGUCCUGCUCCACCUGCAGCCUCCAAGCAGGUGCAGAGACACAACACAGUGCCUGAAAGAGCAGAGAAGACACUGAAGGAUGAAGCUAAACCAGAAAGCCCGGGGAAGGCCGGAGGAAAGCUGGUCAGACCGAAGAAAGAGGUGGUGACAGAGGAAGUGUUGAAGCCUGCAGAUUUUGUCCUGCCACCAAUUUCCUCCACGUCUUCUAGCUUAUUCAACAGCAGGAGUGGUAGUUCCCUCUCUAAGCAGCCGUCCCAGACCUCCCACUGUCAGCUCACCCAAAUAUCUGCAUCCUCCUCCUCCUUAAUCUCUCUGCCUGGAUUAUAA